GUUCACUGGAGAGCGAUCCCCCGGGACUUUGGGACUCCUGAAAGCUGUUGAGCGGAGUAAAGUAUGGAAAAUGAUCUAAUUUCCGCAGUCCGAGUGUCCGACUUCAAUUGUUUCAUUUUAACGAGCAGAUAGAGAGAGAGAAAGAAUAGCUUCAUGAUGCAGCGAUGGGGGGUUAAGGUGGCUCUUGGGUUGAUGGCGAUGUGCUUGGCUGGAUACAUUUUAGGCCCGCCGUUGUACUGGCACCUCAUUGAAGGAUUUGCGGUGGCGGUAACCCGUUCUUCUUCUCCUUACUCUUCGUCAUGCCCUCCUUGCCAUUGCGACUGCGAUUCUCACCCACUCCUCUCCGUUCCUCGAGGAUUGAGCAAUGCCUCUUUUACAGAAUGUGCAAAACAUGAUCCAGAAGUGGGGGAGGACACGGAAAAGAACCUCGAAGAAUUAUUAUCCGAGGAACUGAAACUGAGAGGCAUUGAAGGUGUGGAUAAUCAGAGACGUGCCGACACAGCACUGCUAGAGGCUAAAAAGCUGACAUCUCAGUAUAUGAAGGAAGCAGACAAGUGCAAUUCCGGAAUGGAGACUUGUGAAGCGGCGAGAGAAAAAGCAGAUGCAUCUUUAGUGGCACAGAAAAGAUUGAGUGCCACAUGGGAAACACGAGCUCGUGAAAUGGGAUGGAAGGACACGUUUGGCAAGUCUCAUUCUCUAUCUCAGGGAGGCUUGGAGACCAUGUGAAGUUUUGUUUUGCAUGCUCUCAUUGGUGUCAAGCCUGACCAUAAAAGGUUGAGUUUGGGAAUUACAAAGAGCAAAUGAUCUCCAAAAGAAGAUAAUAAUUAUCAGACCUUCAAUCUUGGAGCGCGCUUUCUCUGUGUUACUCGCUCUGAUUAUCUGUCAGCAUCUGUUAACCAAUUAAGUAAUUCAUAUAUAAAAAGCUAACAACACAAGGUGCGUGCAAGCCCCCAAGCCGGCUGCCUAAGAUCUACUGAAAGAAUUGUUGCUACCUGCAUAGUUCACGAAUGAGUAGUCAUUGCACCGAUAUACAAAUUAUGUACCUGUGUGUGAGCUUGUUUUAUAAUGACUUUUGAUUGAUUGAUUUUCAUUUACAUUUCUAAAUUUGUAGGGAAUUUUCUUAUUGUAGUUGUGUUGGAAAUUUCGUCAAGGCUCUUUAUAAAUGCUGGUGUGGUAACUUAACUUUUUCGUUUAGUCCUAUCAGCCAAUUGGAAACAUUGAUAAACAUUGAUAAAUAAUACUACGUAUUCUUUCUGUCCAAUUAUCUUCCAAGUCCCAAAAUAUUGAAGUAACUU